AUUCAGUCCCACUCUGAUUCACUCUAUCGGCGUGUGUUUGUGGGGACGGGUAGUUGGAGUAAGAAGUCGCCGGGCGGCAGUGCAUCUCAAACGCUUUUUGGGAUAGAAACGCCGCUGAAAUUUGCACCACAGACUGAAGAAACGACCCCCGGUGACGACUUCUGUGAAAUUAUUCAACGCACCGACUGCGCCACACGCACAACCAACAAACGCAGCCAGGCUAUCAGGCUAUCAAAUGUUAGCCAGCUAGCAUCCCUGAAAACUGACGGGAUCAAGGUGUUGAUAGCUAGCCUCCCAGCUCCAUUAGCUAGCAUCCUUCUGCCGUAGCAUCAUUAGCUUGAUUUUCCUUCUCGCGCACGUCAGGACUUCACCAUUGCUCGUGGCGGUGCCUUUCAGCUUGCGGGCACCAAAUCCCACAUCCACACAAAAAAAGACAACUAGCUGUUUCUACCUAACGGCAGCUACUGCUGGAAAAGACAACGUCUGCGUUGCAUUAGUUGGCACCAUCACACCCAUCUCCCCAACCCCUUCACCUCUGCCCCUCUCCCUCCACCCGAAACACUGGAAAUCCACAAGCGGCCGGAGAGCGGCGAAGGGCCGGCGAAGCUGGGGGUGCCACCGUUACCGGACUCGCCGGGAGUCGUAACGGCUACAGACAAGCUCAACUGUGGGGACCUGUCGACAAGUAUGGACGGGCUGGCCGUGGAAGUUCGCGGCUCGAAUGGGGCCUUCUACAAGGGUUACAUCAAAGAUGUCCACGAAGACUCGCUCACAAUUGUUUUUGAAAACAACUGGCAGCCAGAGAGACAGUUGCCCUUCAGCGACGUGCGGUUGCCUCCUCCGGCCGACUACCACAAGGAAAUCGGCGAAGGAGAGGAGGUGGAGGUUUACUCGAGGGCCAACGAACAGGAGCCAUGUGGCUGGUGGCUGGCCCGAGUCCGAAUGAUGAAGGGAGAGUUCUACGUGAUUGAGUACGCGGCAUGCGACGCCACAUACAACGAGAUUGUCACGGCAGAGCGCAUCAGGCCCCUCAAUCCAAACAGCCCUUCCUCUCGAAACUCCUUCCACAAGGUCCCCAUCCCUGUCCCCGAAGACCUGAGGGACAUCUGUGAAAAUGACAACAUUCACAAAGAGUUCAGGAAAGCUAUCGGAGCCAACUGCAUCUUCUACAGCGCCCAAACACACGAACUCAUUGUGCUGUCUACAAAUGAAACCACAGUAAAGCGUGCGACUCUUCUGAGUGACAUGCAUUUCCGCAGCAUCCGUACCAAGCUUAUGCUAAUGUCCCGCAACGAAGAAGCCACCAAACAUUUGGAGACAAGUAAGCAGUUAGCGUCGGCAUACCAGGAGGAGGUGAGGGUCAGGGAGGACCUGAUGGGCCUGGCCAUCGGCUCCCACGGUGCCAACAUCCAGCAGGCGCGGAAGGUACCUGGUGUCACGGCGAUUGAGUUGGAGGAGGAGAGCUGCACGUUCAGGAUCUACGGAGAGUCCCCAGAGGCAGUAAAACAGGCUAGAGAGUAUCUUGAGUUCACAGAAGACUACUUUCAGGUACCCAGGAACCUCGUAGGCAAAGUCAUCGGCAAGAACGGCAAAGUCAUUCAGGAGAUUGUGGACAAGUCGGGCGUCGUCCGCGUCAGGAUUGAGGGAGACAACGACAAAAAGCUUCCCCGUGAGGAGGUAGGCAGGCAGGGGGCAGGCAGGGACGACACUGCCAGCAGCAAAGAGGGCAUGGUUCCCUUCGUGUUUGUGGGAACUAAAGAGAACAUCAGCAAUGCUCAGGCUCUGUUGGAGUACCACGUGUCCUAUCUCCAGGAAGUGGAGCAGCUGCGCCUAGAGCGUCUCCAGAUUGACGAGCAGCUCCGUCAGAUUGGGGUCGGGUACCGCGCGCCCCCUAGUCGAACCGGGGGCCCUGGUGUUGAACGGGAGAAAGGCUACCUGACAGAUGACAGCAGCAACUCGCUCCACACCUCUCGCACCUAUGGGGGCCGCGGCAGAGGGCGUAGGCCCUCCAACAGCCAGUACUCUGGAUAUGGCACAAACUCUGAACUGUCCAAUGCCUCCGAGUCCGAGGACCUUGGCGAGCGAGACCAGAGGCCCCGUGGCAUAGGCGGCGACGAGAGAGGCUCCCGACGGGGGGGCAGGGGCCGAGGCUCUAACCCAGGACGAGGCCGCGGAGGGCCAGCAUCCAAGCCUUCCAACUCCAUCAGCGCAGUGCUGAGGGACCCAGACAGUAACCCAUACUCCCUGCUGGAGGGUGAGGGCGAGCUGGCCGACGCAGACGUCAGCGAAGGCAUGGGAGGAGAUCGCCGCAGACGCUCCCGACGCCGCCGCAACGACCAGGAGCCCAGCGUGAUGGACGCUGCCGCCGAGUCGGACGGCCAGGCCGGCCCCAGCGAGAACGGCCUGGAUGAAGAAGCGCGACCUCAGCGCCGCAACCGAAGCCGCCGCCGCCGUAACCGUGGCAACCGCCCCGAGGGAGGUUCAGCAAGCCGUGACAGACAGCCCGCUGAAAGUGUGACUGUUGCUGACUACAUAUCCCGUGCCGAGUCCCAGAGCAGACAGAACCUGCCCCAGAAGGAAAACCACGCUGGCCCCGAGCCCAAGGAGAACGGGACCAGCGCCACAAAGGACGAGCGAACACCCUCCAAGGGUUCCCCCAGCAAAGGCAAGACCGCGGCCAGCGAGACCCUGACCUUGGUCAACGGGGUCUCGUAAAGAGACGGCCCCAGUCCCUCGCGAACCCAAGUCUAGAGCAAGACUCCAUGGCAAACUCUGUCCCUGCUUGCAUUAACUUAAACCUUAAACAGAUGAGUGAAAAAGUACCUGACAAAAUACCUGAAAUCAUACUACGAGAGUGAAAAAGUACAAAAAAACGACAAACGCAUCUACUUAAAAACACACGUUAACGGUGUAUGCUAUCCUAUCUAUCAGUACUUAGUGCUUAUUUAAAAAAAA